AGGCUGUAUAUAUGGGGCUGGGGCUUUGGGGCUGGGACAGUGGGGACAGGACAAUGGCUUCACCUGCAGCUACGUGCGUCCUGGCCUGGGCCCUGGCACUGCUCUGCGAGGAGACCCAGGGUGCGGACACUGCCCCCUGCGUCUUCCCCUUCACCUACAAGGGCAAGGUCUACACGGCCUGCACGACCGAGGACAGCAGCCGGCCCUGGUGUGCCACCACGGCCAACUACGACCAGGACAAGGCCUACAGGUUCUGCUCUGAGGAGGCCUAUGGCGGGAACGCGGGCGGCCAGCCCUGCUUCUUCCCCUUCGUGGACCAGGGCCACACCUUCCGCACCUGCACCACGGAGCGGAGCCAAGGGGCCCUGCCCUGGUGCUCCACCACAGCUAACUACGACGCAGACCAGCGCUGGAGCUACUGUCCUGACACAAUGCUUGGCGGGAACUCGGAGGGCCCCUGCACAUUCCCGUUCAGCUACAAAGGCAGGGAGUACACGGCUUGCACCACGGAUGACAGCAAGCGGCCCUGGUGUGCCACCACGAGCAACUACGAAGCGGACCAUAAAUGGAGGUACUGCGGCACGGCAGCGGCAGGGGGAAAUUCAGACAGCUCCCCUUGCGUUUUCCCUUUCAUCUAUAAGGACAAGACCUACCACAGCUGUACAGCCGUCAAUGACAAGAUGGGAAGGCCCUGGUGUGCUACCACUCCCAACUAUGACAAAGACCAUCUCUGGCGCUUCUGCUUGAGCAAGGCCUAUGGGGGGAACUCGAAUGGCCAGCGCUGCAUGUUUCCUUUCGUCUACAAAAACCAGCUAUUUCACAGCUGCACCAACGCCGGAGACAAGAUGGGAAAUUUCUGGUGUGCCACAACCCACAACUACGACCAGGAUAAGCUGUGGAGCUACUGCCCCGAUAUCAUCCUGGGUGGGAACGCGGCAGGAAAGAGCUGUGCAUUCCCCUUCCUCUACAACAAACAAAUGCACCACACCUGCACCAGUGACGGGGCAAGCUCGGGGAAACUGUGGUGCAGCACCACCAGGAAUUACGACGUGGACAAGAAGUGGACUUACUGCUCCACGCCAGACUAUGACAAGCCCUGUGUCUUUCCCUUCAUCUACAAGAAGUUUAAAUUCGACACCUGCACCAACCUGGGGGGGUCUAGCGGGAAGUUCUGGUGUUCCAAAACAGACAACUAUGACCGGGACCAUCAGUGGAGCUACUGUCCUGCCUGAGACAGGUGACCGCCCCAGUGCCGGGAGGAGACAGAAUGAUGAAAUUCGAAAUUAAAUGAAAGGAAUGAUCCCCGCUCUGGACACCUCUGCCCUCCCAACAAAGAUCGCUUCUGAUCAACAGAUGCCGGUGGCAUGAUCAGCCUUGAAUCCAAAUCCAAAUGUGCUCAUUUCUCUAGUUGAUUUUAGUAAAUUCAAAUAAAGCACCUUUUGAAA